AUGGGAAAAGACUUGCCAUCGAUCGGAGCCAAACCCAGCCAUAGGGAUCGCAGAGAUGCUCAAGCCGCAGGAAACCAAAUCGGAGAGCCUGUCGAAGAUCCUGGAGGGGAAUUCGGAGAUGGCUCCGUAAUAGCCAAAGAUUGGAGGUUAAGGGACUCGAUAAUUGGCGAAGUCAUCAAGCAAACGGGCGAAGAAUGCUGGGCAAUUGGGCUGACUAGACUCCAUCAGGCAGUGUACAACAUCAAUCAUCAGCACCCAAAAGACUUUCUUUACGAAGACUUGGUUCAGCAUCUCAAAUUCGAUAAAAAAGCCAAGAAACCGAAACCGUAUUUGGCAAUCGGGAACAUUAAAGAUGCUCUGAAGCACAUGAAGAACGUAGGGUUCCUCAAGAAGAAAGUUUCAGGACGAACUAAGGCAGGAAGCAAAAUUGGGAAUAAGGAAACGGGGGAAUUUACAACAGUGAUAAAUGCUCCAGUCGACUUUGUCAAAACAAUGGUUGAUGCGUCGCCUGUCGGGAUAGUUUUUGAGCUAUGUCCCGGAUUUUAUCGGCUCGCUAAGGGUAUCUACACCGUACGGGGAGAGUCGAUGACUUCAGAAAAAGCUCGAAGAGAGAGGCACAUGCUUUUGAUCGUGGGAUACGGAUAUACGAAAGAAGGAGAGAUGUUCUUCCUUGUUCAAAAUAGCUGGGGAAAGAUUGGGGUGUGCAGGGUUAUGGACGAAUCAUCAUAG